AUGGUCAAUGAGAAGCAUGGGUUGCCUUCAUUUUUCACGACUGGAAGCUGCGCCAAGUUUUACUUUCCUCCUCUUAGAAGGUUACUGGAAGAGUACAUCUUGCAGACCAAAGGCGAAGAAGUCAACCUUGCUGAAGAUAGCAAUGCCUGCUUCAAGGCAGUACAAGAAAAUACUCAUGUAGUGGUGAGUUACUUUGACCUGCGUACCCAGGCAUACCAUGAGAAGGUACUGAAGCCGGUAUUUGGUUUCUCUGAUUAUUGGUACCGCUAUGAGUUUGCCAAGUCCCGCGGUCAAAUUCAUUGGCACCAACUUAGCUGGAGGAAAAAACAGGCAACCACACAUCAGCUACAUUUGUAUUGCAUGAAGCUCGUGAAGAUGGUUGCGAAGAGGAAGAGUAUGCAGCUAGACUUUAAUAGUCAGUGGGCAGAUGAAACCUUUGCCAUGACAGCAUUACAUACAGCUGGCAAUGACGAAGAAGGGCAGCCAAGAAAAGACCUCUGGCCACCACCUGAGGGAACAGCUGAGCGCAUAUCAGAUGAUAGGGAUCCCUUAGUUAAGAUGCUAAUGCAGAUAGCUGCAACACACGAUGCAAUACUGGAGGAUCAUUUGCUUUUAGUAAAGAGGAUUGGACUCCACAGUUGCUCUGAUUACUGCUUGAGAACUCCUCGCCAUCUGGAGCAAGGACUGCAGCCGAGAGCACGUGUAUGUCGGAGGGAGUUUGGAAGCGAGUUCCGCCCAGGGAAAAAAAUUCACAGUAAUCCAGAAAUUGUGGAAGAUCAUAAUGGAGCUCCCUGCCUAG